AUGGGAAGAUUUAGUCACUUGCGCCUAAUAACCUAUGUGGAUGAUAUGAUCAUAACGGGAAGUGAUGAUGAAGAAAUUGUAAAAUUGAGAAGGAACCUAUUUACAAACUUCGAAAUGAAGGAUUUGGAAAGACUAAAAUAUUUCUUAGGAAUAGAUGUUCUACGAUCCAGCAAAGGAAUCUUUAUCUCCCAAAGAAAUUACGUUUUGGACUUUCUGGCAGAAACAGGAAUGGUGGAUUACAAAAUAAUAGAUAUGCCCAUGCAAGUUAAUCACAAGUUGAAGAUAGUAGAAGGUGCCACCCUAGCAGAUAAGGAAAGGUACCAGCGACUAGUUGAAAAACUAAUUUACUUAUCACAUACUCGGCUUGACAUAGCUUAUGCUGUGGGAAUAAUAAGUCAGUUUAUGCAUAAGCCACAAGAAGAUCAUAUGGAAGCUGCCAUGAUGAUAGUUCGAUAUUUGAAGGGAGCUCCAGGAAGUAGAAUCAUAUUCAAAAGGAAUGGCCAUUUGAAGGUUGAGGCAUACAUUGACGUAGAUUGGGCGGGUAACCCAAACGAUAGAAGAUCAAUAGUUGGUUAUUUUACACUUGUUGGAGGCAACUUGGUAACUUGA